AUGUUCGGUAUUAAUAAUAAUGAUGAUGAUUUGAACUCUUUUGUCAACAAUAGUCUAUACGACAACUUUCAAUAUCCAACUGAUAAUAGUAUUUUCAGUUCUCCUGAAAUAUUAAAUUCGUUGAUUUCUUCAAGUGACAAUAAUUUCACUCCAAAUUCAUUUACAACAACAUCGUCAUCAUUUGAUGAUAAUUAUGGAAUGAGUAGUAAUGUUUUAUCUCCAAUAUUCAACACUCAAGAUUUUACAAUUUCGCCAAACGAUAUAAAAAUAAAUGACUUUGACGAUUUUACAAUGGAAAAUUCUUUUGAUCAAUUAUUAGGAAAAAAAGAUGAUUUUGAUAUUUUUACAAAUGAUAAUAACAACAACAAUUUGAAAAAAAGUCCACAACCUGCUAAAAAUCUUGUGUCUAUCGAUAAGACUUUACUGAAAAAGAAACAUAAAGGUCCUGACAGCAUAGCUAAAAAUACAAAAAACAUGAAAAAAACAAAUAAUGAAUUAAAAUCAAAUUUGAAAAAAAGUUUUAAAGAAGAUUCUAAAGGUGCUAAUAACUUAUCUUCUCCUUCGUCAUCAUUUUCUGAAAUAAUUCCUGUUUCAAUGAUGGAUUUGGAUGUAUUAUCACAAAACAUUUUAAAUCUUGAACAAAUUCCAAAUAACCCAUUACCAACUUUUGAUCAAUCUAAUUGGAAUCAAACUGAUAGCAACGGAACUUCACAAAAUGCAAAAGUUCCUAUAUCACGUCUUAAAAAUACCUCAACACAAAAUCAAGUUAAUCAACCUACUACGAAUGCAAACAAACAACAAAAGAAAGUUGCUCACAACGUUAUUGAACGUCGUUAUAGAAAUAACAUAAAUGAUCGUAUCAAUGAACUUAAAAGUGUUGUGCCAGCUCUUUGCCAUUUGAAAACUAAAGAUGACGAUGAGGUUGAAGAAAUCGAUGGUAUUCCAGCCGCAAGAAAGUUGAAUAAGGCUACAAUUUUAAGAAAAGCUACAGAAUAUAUUAUUUAUUUGAAAAAGGCUAACGUAAAAGCUAAGGAGGAUAAUGAUAAAUUACGAAAGAUUAUUGAAUCAUUAAAAGGAGGAAUUAAAUUAUAUAAUGACUAUACCGAACAACAAAAAACGCCUGGUGUUAAUACUCCAGAAUCAUCAUAUCCUGAGUCACCGUCUUCUGUUACUCAAGAAGAUUUUGAUACACCACCAUUGACUCCAGAUAGAAAUGCUGGUUCAAGAGCAUUAAUGGCUUUAUUCAUGUCAACUGAAACUCUUUCACCUAAAAAUAUCCUUGAUGAUGGAAAAGUUACCAUUGAUAUUUGGUAUUUAAUUCGUGCUUUUACUUUUCUCAUAUGUUUUACUUAUAUUAUUCGACCUUCUUUAUUUUCCAAUCAAACACGUCAAGUUCAUAGAAAAAAAUCAACUAUAAUGUCAGCAUUAACCCUUAAAACUAAAGAUAUAAAAGCAUAUUAUCGAUCACUUUCUCAUCUUACGCAAAGUCUACAAAUGAACUAUUUUGAGUUAAUAAUUGGUUUUAUAUCUGAAGCUUUUAAAUUGUUGUUAAGAAAGUUUUUGGGUUGGGAAAUUUCUGACGCUUCUAGUCUGUUGGAUAUUGAUGAAAGAACAUUGGAAGUUGAACUUUGGGCUAGAACUGGCGAAGUUGAAUUGUGUGGUGGAAAUAAAAAAGUUUCACGAAUUUCCAUUUUAUAUACAUGCUUUCGAACAAUCAAUUUAUUGGAAAAUCCAUACAACAAUCGUAAACCAUUUUACAUUAGUCCAUCACGCAUUUAUGCCAAUGCAGCUUUUCAAUGUUAUAUUGGACUAAAUUCAAUUCCGUUUAUUUCUCAAAAAGCAGUCUCGCAUUUCUGGAAAUUGGCAAAUAAUAAAAGAAGAAAUAAUAGUAGCGAUCAAGAUAAAUGGCUUGAAAUAGCACUGGCAUGUAAUGAAGGUGAUAAUCUAUGGAAAAGAAUCGCAAAUGAAAUUAGAGAUCAAUUAUUUCGAAAUGAAGACAAACUUAUUGGCAAUACGAAGAGUAAUAAUAAUAAUCAUUCUAAUUCCAAUGGCACCGCUGCAACCAUUUCUACUGUUGCAAAUAAUAUCAAUAAUACUACCAUUCCCCUUACAUAUUUAACUGAUGCACAGGCUCUUUUCCAUCUUAAAAAUUCUUUUUAUGAUUUUAUAUCUUCAAAGUUUGGUAAAAAGAAAGAAGCAUCUAGAUGUAAAUAUAGUUUUAUUGAUUUGUUAAAAAUCACGACACAACAGUCUAUCUCACAUUGGUAUGCAUUGGUUGGAUGUGCAGUUGAGGCAUUUACUCAAGGGAACAACGUUGUUGGCGAAAAUAUUAUGAGUAGAUUGAAAGACGAAUAUCCAAAAACCGUCAACAAUAUAAAUAAAGAAAUUAUUGCCAUGGGAUUAUUUUCAUUUAUAUUAUUAAUGAAUGGAAAAUUAGAAGCAUCAAUCAAUUGUGCAAAUAAAGCUUAUUAUGCUAUAUCAUUAAAGAAAAAGAUGGGAGACGACAUAUUGAAGAAUGUUCAUGAUUUAGCAGAAUUUUGUGUUGGGUGGAUUGUAUUGGAUACGAAGUUACUGGGGUGGAAGAUUGUUGAAGGCAUUAUUAUUGAUGAAGAUAAAAAUAAAAAAAUAAUACUACCUGAAGUUUUGGAUGUUGAUUCAAGGUUGAAACCAUCAAUAGGAAAAUGGAUAACUCAUUUACGUUUAUUAACAAACGAUAAUGUAUUCGAUGAAAUUUCUAAAGCAAGGGAUGGAUUUAUAGUAAAAUGA